GAAACUUCUUCCACCUCACCUCCCUGCAACCACCAAUCCCCAGGCUGCGCAAUCUCGUAACCUCGCCCUUUCGCAUACGCUUGAAUUGCGAAAACACGCCCCUAUCUACAGAAGAAGAAAGCACCGCAUACUCUUCAGGAUGCCUUCCGCAGUUCCUGCUGGCGUCUACGGGCGUCGCAUUCCCGUUGGCGGCCUGCCCAUCCCCGCUGCCGUCGACCCUUCGGCUGCUUUCCGCAUCACCAUGGCCGCUAUCGAUCCCAGCGCCGAGCCCCAGGUCGACGAGGAGCACAAGGUUCCUCGCGCUACUCUGAGGAUCAUCCGCGUCCCCAUGGACCUCGAUGACGACGAGGAUGACGAGGAUGACGAGGACUUUGACGGCGAGGACGUCGAGAGCAUCAUUGCCAAGCUGCGCGCUGGUGGUGUCGCUCUUCCUGAGGAGGAUGAGGACAGCGAGGAGGACAGCGAGGAGGACAGCGAUGAUGAGUCCAACGGCGGCCCCAGCGACAAGGCCAAGUCCAAGAAGGCCAAGCAGGCCGCUCUCAAGAAGAAGAUUGCCCAGGAGCUCGCGGAGGACGAGAUGGAGAUCGAUGCCGUCAACGGCAAGGGCAAGGGCAAGAUUUCUGCCAACGAGGCCAGCGAUGAGGACGAUCUCGACGACGAGGAUGAUGAUGAGGAGGAGGACGAGGUUGAGGAGUUUGUUCUCUGCACCCUCGACCCCGAGAGGAACUUCCAGCAGCCCCUCGACAUCACCGUCCGCGAGGGCGAGGAGGUCUACCUGCAGGUCGACGGCACACACGACGUUUUCGUCACUGGAAACUACGUUGCCUUCCCCGAGGGCGAUGACGAGGAGGACGAGGAGGAUGACUACGACGAGGAGUACGACCUUUCUCCCGAUGAGGAUGAGCUCGACCUCGACGAGAUGGACGAGUCUGAGGACGAUGAGCUCGAUGGCCUCGAGAACCCCCGCGUCACCGAGGUGGAUUCUGAGGAGGAGGAGGCACCCAAGCUUGUUGACACCAAGAAGAACAAGAACAAGAACAAGAACAAGCGCGCCGCCGAGGAGGAGGCUAGCCUCGACGACCUGAUCAGCAAGGCUGCCACCAACGGCGAGCAAAAGGCCGCCAAGAAGGUCAAGAAGAACGACGGCCAGGCCGUUGCUGCCGCCCAGGAGCCCGCAAAGAAGGCUGAGAAGGUUGAGACCCCCAGCAGUGACAAGAAGAAGGUACAGUUCUCCAAGAACCUCGAGAUGGGCCCCACUGGCUCGCCCAGGGUUGACGAGAAGAAGGAAGCCGCAAAGCCCGCCGCAAAGGGACCCCGCAACGUCAGCGGUGUUACCGUCGACGACAAGAAGGAGGGCAAGGGCAAGGCUGCCAAGAAGGGCGACCGCGUCGAGAUGCGCUACAUCGGCAAGCUGAAGAACGGCAAGGUCUUUGACUCCAACAAGAAGGGCAAGCCUUUCGCCUUCAAGCUCGGCGUCGGUCAGGUCAUCAAGGGCUGGGACGUUGGUGUCGCUGGCAUGACUGCUGGCGGCGAGCGUCGCCUCACCAUCCCCGCUGGCAUGGCCUACGGCAAGAAGGGUGCUCCCCCGGACAUUCCCCCCAACUCUGACUUGAUCUUUGACAUCAAGUGUAUCUCGGUCAACUAAGCUGCUCAACUGUCCGUUUACGCAUAUCCGAGGACCCACCCACCUCCUGUACCAUGCCGCUACGCUCCACUCGAGUGCAUGAGUAUAAUUCUUGAUUGAUUUUCCCUGCAUAAGCGAUGUAUGAGAUAUCCGACUUGCAUACUGGUUGUAGAUGUGCGAGGAGGACGGAUUUCUCGCACGAGCAUGCAUGCCUUUUCCUAUCUGUCUGAUCAUCUAGCGAGGCGUAGACACGCUGAGGAAGCUACUAGAAAAGUAAUGGAGUUCCGGAUAGUUGUGUAGUCAGUCGAUAUGAUCGAGUUUCGAUUGAUUUCAUGCGAUCUGUGAUGAUCUCUUCCUUCAACAUAAUCUCAAGAGACAUACGCUC